AGAACAGCUGUAGCUGACAAUCAACAACACAACAAAUCUGAUUUCCCGAAAUGUUUACCAGUUAAAAACAUCCCCUUGUAGGUAAAAAUAGAAUAAAAAUCUUAAUGGCGGACGACCCAAACCAGCCCUCAACCUCGGCGAAAGCGGAUAAAACGCCGCUGUUUCCACCCGCCAAGCCUGGCAAACGGAUUGACUACGGUACAAAUGAUACACUGGAGCUGCUGGAGCGCAUCCCCAGCCAGGUGGUGGAUCUCAAAUUGGACGAUGUGCUAACCGCCGUUAAGGAGGUGGACAACCUCUGCGACUAUGCGCGCUGCAAGACCAAAACGAGCCUAAUGGGUCAGGACUGUCCGCACUGCAAGAAGCGGUUCUGCUUCAAGCAUGGUCUUCCCGAGGUUCAUGGCUGUGGGGAGGAAAUCAAGCGGGAUGAGCGCAAGAAGUUUCUACACCCCAAGCCGGCGAAGACAGUGCGUCAUGAGGAGGAUGUGAAACAUGCUAAAAAGAGACUGGAUGCCAAGUUGAAAGAUAUGCAAGUGGGGCGCAUGCAGAAGGCAACCGGCGGUGGCUCCAAAAAGAAAGGAAAAUAGUCUUUAAAUUGAAAGUGUCUCCCCAUCGCACAAUGCAACACACAUACACUUACAUUUAAUCAGCUGAUGAAAUCAGCUGUUUUCGCGUUCUAAAAUCUUACAGUUCUUAAAAAUAUGAUUAAAAUACAGCCUAGACAUUUAAUAAACCUGAAAAACUUCGGCUUUAA